AUGUCAUCUAGACCCUCAUCGCCAUCCCGGCCCCGGUCGCCACCUCGUCCCAGGAGUCCAACCACCAGUACCUUCCAGAUCAGAGGCCUUCCUUCGUCGAAUCCUUCCCAUGAGGCUGGUUCCGUCACCAUUUCUAGUUCAGAAUACGAUGAGCUAAUUCAGCUGCAUCCGGAGACCGUGUUGUGCUACAUUGACGAAGAUGAUGAAGAUGUCAUCCGGGUCGGUUCCGGAACUGAAUUACGAUCAAGAUGGCUUGAGGUCAUGUCAUUUCCACCGCCGCCACCGCCAAUCAUCUUCAACGUCGAGGGUGGCCUACCCGGGCUCCGAUAUUGGCAGGACAUUCAUCAAAGAUCUCUUCCAGAACCUCCAAAGCAACCUGAACGACAGCAGUCUCCUCCUCCUCCUCUUCUUGCUGCUCCAGCUCCAGCCGUUACUGUUGUAGAGUAUCCUGUUCUCCGUUCCACAUCUAUUUCCGAAGAAUCCGAAGAAGACCUUUACUCGGCCCCUCCAAAGACCACUACUCCGAUAGUUCCACCAAAGGAGACCGUCGCAGAAUCCUCAAAACCCGUUCUUAACAUUAGCGUCCCAGAGCCUCCACCCCGUAUUCCCUUAGAAUUCGCCGAAGCUCCAUUCAUCGCUUCCUUCGAGGCCGAGGUCAAUCGCAUCUACGACGAGGUCGUUAGUCAAGCAGGUGGUUCCCCACGCUCUCUGUCACCCAAGCCGAUCAGCCCGAGACCUAUCCCAUCUCUUGAUUUGAACACUACCACUCCCACUCCAGCAGAGGCAUCCACCACCACAACCACCUCCUCCUCCCAACCACCCGUAGAAGAUUUCCCCAAAACUCCUGUAGUCGAACUCAUCUCCGACGUCUUCACAUCUGUCAUCCAAGGAAUCCAGAGGGUCGCCCAGGAAGCCACCACCCAAGCGGCUAGAGCAUUCCCACAAACUCCCACCGCUGAUGGACGGCCAUCGCCUGCGGAAACUUUAGAUGCCUUUAAUAUUGCCGUUCAGCAAUUGCUCAAGAACUUUACCGAUCAGCUUCACAUUCUUGCCGCUGAAGCAGUUACGUCGGCAAGCAAUCCCCAGGCCAAUCCGCAGCAUCCAGCUGCUGUUCUCAGAACCUUUGCUGAAACAGUAGGCCACGUUGCUGUUCAAAAUGCCGGCCGUAUCAGAGAAGAACUCAGGGACGUUGGAUCUGACGCCGGCGCGGAGGCUAGGCGCGCAGCCGAAGAAAUCAAAAAGGCCACGCAGAUCGUGACACAGGAAGUCGGCAGGAGAGGAUCAGCAAUCGGCAAGGGAGCCAUUGGAGCCACGCGAGAAGUCGGGAAAGUAUUUAGUGACGGUGCAGGUAUCGUGACACAAGAAGUCGGUAGGAGAGGAUCAGCAAUCGGCAAGGGAGCCAUUGGAGCCACGCGGGAAGUCGGAAAAGUAUUUAGCGACAGUGCAGGUAUCGUGUCUGGCUUCGCUGGUGGGCUUGUUCGUAACUUGAGUCGUCCCCAAGCUCCUACCCCGCCGCCCCCUCCUCCUCCUCGUCCUACACAGUCCACUUCUCGCCCGGAGGAUGCGCCUGAGGUCGUCGAGGACACUGGAAGCAGGGGCCCAGCGGAUGCCAAAGUAACAACCCAACCAGAGUCUAUUUCGGAGCAAUCCGUUCCUGGAUCGUUCCCUGUAUCCCCACACUCCCUCCCUUUCCUCUCGAACCCUCCUGGAUUCCAGAUGCCAGCUCUUCCUCCUCCACCGCCUCACUCCGGAGGCGACAUGCCUCCGCCACUUCCCCCUCACGGCUAUAUGUCCUCUCCACCGCCGCCUAAUGUCCCGGGAUUCCAUCUACCUCCCCCUCCAGGACCUCCCGGACCAUUUCCACCGCCUCCAAUUCCUGGUAAGCACAUGCCUCCUCCACCUCACCACGGUAUCCCCCCAAUGUUCCACCACGGUGGCUGUUUCCCUUCUCCACCCCCUCCACCCCAUCAUCAUUACAGCCCUCCACCUCCUCCACCUCUCCCAAUUCCAUACCACCCCAUUGAUCUACACUUCCACCAUCCCCACGCACAUCCUCCCAGCCAUAGCCCCAGCUGGCAACUACCUACGACCUGCUCAAGCGGGGCAUGGUCUGGAUUUGGCAGAAACAACGAGCAAAAUUCGGCAAGGGGGGGAGAACGUGCUGCUCCGAUUUCCGGGUUACAGGAAGCAAUGGCGGGACUUGAUAUCCAGGCUGGACCUUGCUUUGUAGAGAUUCAAAGCUCAGAUGGUUCUUCAUCCGACUCCGAGCGCGAUUACAAGACCCGAAAGGGCGUGUUCCGCUCCCGAAUCAAUGGUAAAAGUGUCGACAGGUCCAUGUACCGUCGUCGUCGUUCUCAGGAAAACGGGCACACCAGUGACGGCUCUGUUGGUGAUAAACCAUGGAGGAGGCCACGCCGAAGGUCCCCUCCAAAGGCGACUGCUUCUCCGUUCGAGAACCCAUGGGUAAACACUCGACCGACAAAUUAUAGCGGCGCCUUUGCUGUUCCCAAGGACUUCAAACCGGUUGCGCCGCCAAAACCCUUCUACGGUUUCCCUCAUGAGUUCCCGCCACCCCCGCCUCAGUUUUUCCCACCAUUGCCAUCCUUGCCCACCGGACCACCAUCUCCGGCUCCGGAGGUUGGGAACUCGCUUCCACCUAUCUCGACUGUAGUUCCGGGUUUCGGCACCGGUUUAAGAUCUACUCCAGAUGAUCUUGAUAGAAGGCAUAGUAGCUACAUUCCCCUGGGCACAACAUCUGCUGUUGGAGAGAGUGAAAGCGAAGAUGAGUUCCAGGAUUCCAAUGAAGCUCCAGAAGUUCCAGCCUCCGCCCACGAACGAGUAGUUCUUGUUGACCUUGCAUCGAGUGUCUCAUCGGCCGGAAGGUCCCCAAUCCCAGAACCUCAAGAGACCGUACCCCAGUUCCACUAUCCAGGGCUGAGGAGGUCUCGCACAACGACAGAUUCAUUUGGGAAGAACCAGCCAUGGUUGUCACCCUGGCAGCAGCGGCGUGCUGCUGAUCCAGCGGAUAGAGAAAGGUCCGAGGCAAUGAAGAGAUUCCCAUCUCUGUCUGAGCUUCAGAGGGAGUGGUCCUUGCCAUCGACUUCCUCUACCCCGACCCCACAAUCACAACCAAAGCCACAACCCCCCACCACUAGCCCGUUUGACGAUCUCUCGACUUUGUCAGCUGCAUUGCCCCCAAUCAAGGCUAAUGAUAAAUCUCCUAACCCGUUUGCCGGCCCAUCUUCAUCAGCUGCCCCAACUACCAGUCUUCCCGGUGCUUGGCCCUUCCCGUCCGCCCCAGCUGCCCCGUUGGUGGAUACAUCCGAUGUCACACCAGUUCAACCGCGUCACAACUCUCGCAACCCCUUCCUUUCCCAAGUUGACACAAGCUUCACCCCACGUACCAAUUAUGAUUUCCCUCCACUCCCAGGGAACCUUCACCGUGCCACAUCCAUGAGCAACGCGAGCACUCGCAGCCGACAGUCUUCAACAUCGACCGUCAGAUUCGCCGAGCCAUUGUUGCCACGUCGCGCCCAAACUGUUCUCAAACCUUCCGGAAGAAAUAGCAGGCUAACUAGCUUUACAACCAUGCCCGGCGGUUUCCCAGAGGAAAACCCAGCACCCCCACCACGUCCCCCACAGCUGGUGGAACAAACCAGCCAAACUGCUAUUGACGAUGCUUUAGCCCGCGAGCGUGAACGCAUGCGCCUGAUUGACGAAGUCGAGGAGACCGUCCGACGCAGCAGCGAAGAGCUCGAAGAGCAGCAACGAAUCAAUGCGGCUAACAAUCAGUUUGCGACAGGUUGGACCGUCGCAACAGAUGACAACACCAGGGCCGUCCCUUUCAAUGAGGAUCCUGUUGAGAAAUGUGUUCAGUCAUUGAUCGAGUUAGGGUACACAGAAUUGGGUACCGAUAGGCUUAGAGUCUUUUCUGAGCUCAGCGGCGGAGUAGUUGAAACCGCUGUCGAGAUGGUUGAAGAAGAAAGAGGAAUAUGGCAAUCAUUUACUGCUUCGUAA